AUGCGGAUUGGCUCUUCUAUUGGCCUAGCUUAUUGGCUGAACCUCGGCAUUGCUUCUGCCAAUACGUGCCCUGAAUUGGUGGCUUUCAUUCCAUCAGCUUCUCCCUUGCCAGAAAGUCUCUAUUCUACCACCAUGUCGCUCGUUGUUGUCUGCGACGUUUUGGACGAGAGUUUCGAUGUCGUCAUUUUUAUUAACGACGCCAUAAAGGGACUUGGAUGCGACUUCGUUUCAAUCGAAGAUGCCCUCUGCUCCUAUGAGAGGGUAAACCCAAAAAUCUCCGAAACCUAUGAUAUCUUGGCUUUUCCCGCUCAUCCGUGCCACCGCUUAAUAUUCUCACCAACGGGAAAACUAAACGGCGACGUCGAUGAUAGCAGAAACAUCUACGACGCGGCAGUGGCAGGUGUGAAGAAAGCCGUCGCGAUCGGUUGUGAGCAGCCCCUCCUAGUACUGGGUCCCAUCGCUUCGGCACCCAAAGACGCUCUCUGGGCUGAGGGCGAAUUUCCCCUGUUAAAUGCCGUCCUUGGAGCACUUCACGCACUCUAUCAGCCCCUGGAGAUUCGUGAGGCUUUCCCUCACAAACAGACUAAGUACACGGAACUGGGUGUCUUUGGGGCCUCAGAGGACCUAUUAAAGGUCGCCUCAGCCAUCGAGGAGGGCCGACGGGUGGCCCGUGACAUUGGUGGCUCCGAUCCUGAGCGGAUGGCGGCUCCGCGCAUCGUGGAUUACCUCCAAGAAGAAUUCCAGAACUGUCCCGAUGUUACCGUCAGCGUCACCGAUAUCGACCCUCACGUCUAUCCUUUGAUGGCUGCUGUCGAUAGGGCGACGUCUAGCGUGGAACGGUACCGAGGUCGGGUGGUUCAUCUGGAGUACUGCGGCGGUGAGAAGGUGGACACGAGUCUCUUUUUGGUUGGCAAGGGCAUUACCUUUGAUACGGGUGGCCACGACAUCAAGGCUGGCGGUGUGAUGGCGGGGAUGCACCGGGACAAGUGUGGUGCUGCAGCGGUGGCGGGCUUUCUGCGCACUCUCUCCCUUCUUCGUCCCGCUGGCCUCCGCGUGGUCGCCCACCUCGCUUUCGUGCGCAACGCCAUCGGGCCAGAUGCCUAUGUCGCUGACGAGAUCAUCACCUCGCGUGCUGGCAAACGCGUCCGCAUCGGCAAUACCGACGCUGAGGGACGUAUGGUCAUGUCCGACCUCCUCUGUCUCGCCAAAGAAGAGGCUCUGCAUGCAGUGAAUCCCUUCCUCUUCACCGUAGCCACCCUCACGGGCCACGUCAUUCGUGCCUACAAAUGCUACACGGCAAGCUCGAUUUCUGCCGUCAUGGACAACGGACCCGCACGCAAGUUGGACAUGUCGCACAAACUUCAGAAGGCUGGUGAACGUAUAUCUGACAUGGCUGAGGUGUCGACUGUGCGCAUGGAGGACUUUGAAAUGUGCAAGGGUCACACAGAGUACGAGGAUUUGCUGCAAUGCAAUAACCUGCCCAGCAGUGCAACGCCUCGUGGCCAUCAGUUUCCCGCAGCUUUCAUGAUCUUGGCCAGCGGACUCGAGAAGCACGGACUAGGCUGCGAGAAGCAGCUGCCCUACACCCACAUAGAUGUCGCCGGCAGUGCUGGACUGAUCGACACCCUGCCCACCGCGGCGCCGCUCAUGAUGCUCACCAGCAUGUUUGUCCUGCCUCGAGUGUGGAGUGCGACCAAAUUUUGUAAAGCGGAAAUCCUCUCCUUCAUAGUGAUCCUACUUACUGGGAACAUAAAGACACGAUUUCAAACAAUGAGUUAUGGACUCGAAGAGGCUAGAGCGGGAACUCUGGGACUUCGUCGUUUGAUCUUGGCUCCUAAACGCUUUCGUCAGUUGAUUAAACUCAGCCUUACAGGCCACUAA